AUAUUUUGUGAAAGAAAAAUGAGUGGAAUUGAGAUUCAGUUACUCGGGCGUAUUUGUUAAGAGUCCAACUAUCGCCAAUCUGAGUCGCCGUCUCAGGCCACACCCUCUUUCUGUGUGGCUCUGCAAUCAUUCUCCGCCAUAUUCAUAAACCACAAGCUUUUCCUAGAAAAGGGCUGAAGCAAAUAGAGUUUAUCUCUCUCUAAAUGCAUUGGUAAAAGGCAACAGUUAUUUGUUGUGGAUUUCUUAAGUUCAUGGCUUAUAGAAUGAAGGCAAUCAUGUUGCAGUCUUUGCCAGCAGCCGAGAAUGAAAGCUUUGGACAAUUGUUUGUAAUUUCAAGAAGUUCAUCUAUCCUGGAUUUCUCCAACAGACUAGAAGUAACUGAACAAAUUUCAAAGUUUGGUGUAAACUGUAUGACAUCUCCUAAUAUUAGGUCCUGGACAAGAAGACGUGGUUCAAGAAUAUCAUUUGCUCUGGAUACAGGAAGCAUUCCCAGUAGUGACGAUCAAGAUGGCCUCAAUGGUGAUGGUCGUGAUCUAGGUGGAACUCGUUUGGGGAGGAUAGUAGGUGCUGGAGGCAGGCAGUUCUUGGGGAAGCUUAAUUCAGCUCGGAAAAAUUUUCCUAUGAAAGUAUUUCUGCUUCUCUUAGGUUUUUAUACGGCAAAUGCCUUGGCUACAAUUCUAGGACAGACUGGUGAUUGGGAUGUAUUAGUAGCAGGAGUCGUUGUUGCUGCAAUUGAGGGAAUUGGAAUGCUGAUGUAUAAAAAACCUCCUUCUCUUCCAUCCAGGAGAUUGCAGUCUCUGAUUUCAAUGGUGAACUACUGGAAAGCAGGUGUUAUUCUAGGUCUCUUUGUUGAUGCUUUCAAACUAGGCAGUUGAUACCUUUCUAUAAUAUCUGAGGUCAAUACUGAUGCAAUCUCCCUUCCAUGGGACUGGUUUAUUGAUCUUAAUAAAAGUAAAACUACUUGUACACUAUUGUAUAGUUAGUUAAUUAUUGUCCCAGAUGGUAUCAUAUAGGAUGUCUUUAAAAUUAUGAUAUGAAAUCGUGAGAUGAAACUGAAAUUUUGUUUGGACAUGUAA